UAUAAUAAUUUAUAAUGAAUUACAUUUCAGUUUUCCCAAGAUACCAAUUUGAGUGUUUUAAACACACUUAGUAAACAUCAACGAACAAAGUCAAGUCCAGAGCAAUUGGGAACAACAACAAUAUCUCCAUCGGAAGCUAGCAGGCGUUUAAUUGCUUCUGAAUCAAUGAAUGAUUUGCUACCUCCCGGACAUGUUGGACAUAAUAAUAUUGAUAUCAAUGAAUUAUCACAUAUUACACCACCAGGGACACCCCCGCCACCAUAUCCAGCUCCCAUUUUAGGACAAGAUAUUUUUUCAUCUACAUUAAAUGAUCAAGCGCUUAUGACCGAUGUUAUUCCUGGAUUGCCAACAUUUCAACAGCCAAUUAUGUCAAUGGAAGAAGAUGAUGUUAGCGAUCAAGAAAUUGGUCAAUUAGAAGAUCAUGGACCUUUCCAAUCUUUAUCAAGACUAUGGGGACAUCAUGCACAUCUUGCUGUAUUUAUUAAUUAUGUAUUAUCUAAUAGUGAUCCUUCUAGUUUGUUAUUUUAUUUAGUAACCGAUUUAUAUAAGGAGGGAAAUGCCAAAGAGAUGAAAAAAUGGGCAUAUGAAAUUCAUUCUAGUUUUCUAGUACCUGGUGCGCCAUUACGUUUGCAUAAUGUAGAUGAGAAUAUCGCAAAUGAAAUUGAUGAUGUUCUUUUGAAAGAAUCUGAUAAAGAAGAAAUUCUUAGAAAGAUAUUUUGGAAAGCACGUUCUAGAGCAAAAGAAGAAUUAAAUGAACAGCUAAUGCAUUUUCAACAGAAGAGAACCGCAGGAUUGGCCACAAUUUUUGGUCCGACAGAUAUAUCGCUAGAUGAAAGCAUAUCUGACAAAGCACGUGAGACAAAAAUUAUUGAGACGUAUCUUCUACCGAAAAUGGAACCUUAUUUGUAA